GAGAAUGCAUAUGACGAAAUUUAAUAACAAAUCUCAAAUGUGAUUGUCCUUCGAAAAUGGCAUGUUACCUAAAAAUUACUCCUGAUGUGGCAUAUACAGUACUAUCGGAUAUUCUCGCCAGUAGUGGAUUGGCUAUCGAUGAACCUGACCAGCGGAAGGUUGCUCGCAUACUCAGACCGAAAAAUCCCAGAUGUCCGGGUGUGCCACCGAUGGUUUCAAUUCCUAUGGAAAAUGCCAGUCAAACUGUAAUUGAAAAGUAUAGAGAAGCGUUGGAUUUCGCGACCACUCCCAAUGAACAGCAUCAUUUUGCAAUUUCGAACAAUCGUGACCCAAAUGCAUUGGAUUUCUGGAAUAACCAAACAGAUUUGAUUGUAAAUACACCGGUUGGUCGCUUCGUCGAGAUCAAGAAAACUUUACUACAACAAUGCUCGACAGCUGAUGAAGGAUUCAAAGAAUGGGGAUUCUUGAAGACUUCCCUGUCCAAUUACAUGCUGGAAGCAGAUUUCCUCCGAAUUCAGCUAGAAUUAUUUGUUCUGAAAGCUCGCUCGAUUCUAGAGUAUAUUCAACACUUCGAAGGAACCAAUUCGGAAUAUUAUGGUUGUCCUGCAUUUUAUCAACGAUUCUGAGGUAUAGGGAUUCGGACGAAACGAAAAUAUGGACGAUGGCAGAUUAGUUUCACGUGAGCUCGGUAGUGAAAACUGCUCGUGAGUUUGUUAUUGAUUUUUAUUAUGUGAAAUAUAUGACCUUAAUCACUACUA